AUGCAUUUUCAAGUAGUUCAUCAUUUUACUGAAGGGUUCCCCACGUGUAACAACCAGUGCUGCCGUUUCGUGGAGAGCUUCCCUGUCAGGCUCAGAAAGCUCAGAGAAGACUAUUCACACAUCAGAGACUUCUAUGAAGCAAACAAUGACCUAGACACGGCGCUGCUGGACCAGACUGUCGAGGAUUCCUUUAAAAGCCCGUUUGCCUGCCAAGUUAUGAGGAGCUUACUAGACUUUUACCUGAACACCGUGCUGCCUACAGCCGUGGCGGGAGUAACGGAGGACACCAAGGACUUAAGGCCGCACAUGGAAUCCAUACAGCUCAUCUUCGACCAGCUCAAGAGCGAUGUCACCAAAUGUAGAAACUAUUUCUCAUGCAAGAAACAUUUUGACAUCACAGCCCUAAACUCUACUUACACUCAGAUGGAGAGUAAAGGUCUGUUUAAGGCCAUGGGCGAGCUGGAUGUGUUAUUUAACUACAUUGAAACAUACCUGGCCUCGAAACGGCAGAGAGGCAGAGUGGCCUCCAUCUGAAGACAUGAUGACCCUAAUCAAAAUGUGCCCAUGUUCAUCUCAGGGAAAGAAACAAGUCAUUGACUCUUACAUCUUGGAAUGAAUGUUGCCAGAUUUGUGUUUUUUUUUUUUUUUUAACUUGCAGAACUGAUGUCUUUAUUGUUGAGACUUUUGUUUGUCCUGGGGACAAUUUUAUAUUUUAAGACUUGUUUUAAGAGUCUUACACUUAAAGUUAAAACCACAUCUGCCUGU